AUAUCCUGGGGGCAAAUGGUGCCAGUGAUAUUCUGUACUAUUGAAAAACCCACCAGCCUUCUAUAUCUGUUUUUGAUAGUUCUUUCAGUCCCCCAGUGGACCAGAGGGGAGCAAAGAGGUGGACUUGAAGCCGGAUCCCCUGCCAUCAAUCUGAUGGGUGUAAACGCAGAAGAGAUGUGUGAGGCCAAAGAGUGGAUUGAAAGGUUGCUGACUUCUGAGGACCACCACAUCAUCGAGAAUAAUCACAUUCUCUAUCUUGGCAAGAAUGAGCAUGACAAGCUGUCUCAGCUCCAGACAGCCUCAGGUGUCUCCAUUUCAGAGACUGUCAGUCCCCUGAAAGCAAUGCUAGAGAUUAGAGGUGCCCAGGCUGACCUCAUUGAAGCAGUAAUGAAUGUUGAAUGUAUGCUGUGUGAAGUUCAGGGAGAAGUGGCAAGAAAAAAGGAGAAAAGUCUUUUCGACUUGUUAGGACAGUGGACCAAUGAGCAAGGAAAACUGGAUGAAAUGGAAAAAUUUCACACAUAUCUUCGUUACCCGGUACCUUUAACUCAGGAACUUGAGGACCGAAAGAGACAGUUUGAGAAGUGUGGCUUGUGGGUUGUGAAGGUAUAUCUAAUCAAGGGAGGCUCUGAAACCAUUAGCUUUACUGGAACACGUACUAUGUCUGCAUUGUUGGUUGUUUCAGUACCAGUAUUACCACGUACUGUUUACACAGUGGAUUUGGUGUGUGUGGCGGGAUUUACAUGCAGGAGAGAAAAUACAUAUCAUACUAGUACCCCAAUAGACACCAUCUAUUAUAAUAUUUUUUUUUCUCUUUCAGACCCAGUUUAUGGAGCUGGCAUACAUUUCACCAAGAGCCUCAAAAAACUAGCAGACAAGGUCAAGAAGACCUCUAGCACAGAUAGACUAAUCUAUGUGUUUGAGGCAGAAGUGCUCACAGGCUCCUUCUGUCAGGGUAAUAACUUAAUUAUUACCCCACCGCCAUUGAGUCCUGGGGCCUUAGAUGUUCAUGACAGCGUGGUUGACAAUGUUUCUAACCCUGAAACUGUUGUUGUUUUUAAUGGCAUGCAGGCGUUGCCCCAGUAUUUGUGGAUUUGUACACAGGAUAGGACAUUGUUACAGCACCAGAUGUGGGGACAGGACUACUCAUCAGGUCUAGCGAUGGUCUCUUCACCACCACAGUCCUGGUUGGAGGUCUCAUAUGGCAGCACUGUUUAGUCUCUAUGUCAUUUUAACAACCAGCAGGGCUUGGGUGGAUUGAAAAAACAAUGACUGUCAGUGACUUAAACAUAACUGGGUUACUAAAGCACCAACCAUACACUAGUGUCUCACUGCCUUCUUUACCUUUGGGCUUGGGGUGGAUAGAUGACAGCUAAAACUUGUUCCUGACUUUCUCUUCUCCUUGACAUCCUAUAGUGGGAAAUUACCAAUACAGAGUCAGGUAGAAAUAAAAGGGUAUUUAAUAGGGAAAAGCCUUACUUACAGAGCGACCUAGCCAGCCGGUGGGUCAGCAGCCUGUACAGCAAGCAGCAAAGAGAAACGGAAACCGCAAACGUAGUCAUACUACGUCACUCUGACCACGUCCUCACAAGCAUGGUCAGGCUGGA